GCAGAGGCCCUGACCAUCCUGGGCCGGGUGAGGUCCACGGGGGAGUUCCUCGGCCUGCGCCUGGUCACCAGAGGUCGCCAGCCCUGCGUGGACUUCGUGGGAGAAGUCACCUCUUUCCUUUUGGGUGGGUUAGGGCUGUUGUUCCUCAUAACAUGCAUCCCCCCGAGUCUGGUGUGCGAUCUCUGGGGCAUGGACAACUGUGGCGACAGCAGUGACCAGGAGCCCAGUUCUGUGUUAGCUGUUAUUUCCCACUCAGGUCCCUCUCUGAUGCCCAGCCAGGAGGGGAGUACAGAGGCUGACACCUCCAGGCCCCCCACUGUCUGCCCAGCUCUCGGGUCAGCAGGCCCCCUCCAGAGUGCAGCUGGGAGCAGUCCCCCAGCGGGCCGGGGCCCUGCACAACAGGAUGCAGCUGCGGAAGGAAGAUGGUCUUGUUACCACCUGCCCCCACUCCUCCAGGUGUAG